CUUCGUUCAUGUUGGAGCGAUUGUUUUCAAUCCCAACUUCAUUUCUGUGUAAGGCACUUCUAAGACAAUGGCUUCAGACACCUAUCAAGGUACUGAUCUGGGGAGUGAUCCUCAGAAUCGAGACGACCACAGUAGUGUUGAUUCCGCAAUCGGUGUAAUUCUGCCGGAAAACACCAAAAAUGCGAUUAUCACGAAAGCACCAGAAGAACGAUUUAGAUUGGGAUACUGGGAUGUAAUUGCGUUGGUUGUCAAUCGUGUUAUAGGCACUGGAAUCUUCAAUUCUCCGUCGACGAUUAUGCGUGGGACGCAAAGCGUGGGCAUCACUCUCCUUUUCUGGCUCGCCGGCGCCGUGUAUACGAUUGCUGGUGCUCACUUGAAUAUUGAGUUCGGCCUCUCGACACCACGCCAUUUUUUCCGAGACGUGGAACAGGGCAUUCCACGUUCUGGGGGAACACUAAACUACUUACAAUAUGUCUUCACUUGGCCCGCCUACCGCCCCCGAACUGUCCUCCUCGUUACCUGUGUCUUCGGUAUCACAUACAUCAUACUCGGGAAUAUGGCGGGCAAUUGUCUAAUUUUUGGGAUUCGCGUUCUCCAAGCCGCCAAUGUCCCUGUGACAAAUAGUGCCGUUAGAGGAAUUGCGAUUGCGGCUGCAACCCUUGCCUGUCUCAUUCACUCCUUCUCUCGCCGAGGUGGCAUUUGGUUAGGGAACAUAUUCGCAUUGAUCAAGGUUCUCAUGCUGCUGUUGAUUAUCAUCACAGGGAUAUGUGCUUGGGCCGGUGCUUUCCACACACCGACGUAUGCGAGUGACAAUAUGGCAUUGAACCGUGCCUUUGCAAAUUCGUCGAAUGAAUCUUACGGAUACACUCAAGCUUUUCUUGCAGUAAUCUUUGCUUGGAGUGGGUUCGAUCAGCCAAACUAUGUGCUUGGCGAGAUUCGCAGACCACGGAAGACAAUGCCUAUUGGAACGUCAAUCGGUGUUACAAUCAUCGUUGUCCUUUAUCUUCUCGUCAACGUUGCAUACAUGGUGGUGGUUCCGAAAGAAUCUCAGCUGGAUCCAUCCAAUAACGUUGCCCUCAUGUUUUUCCAAUUAACCUAUGGAACUUUGUCUGAAGACCAUUACCUUCCCCAGCGUAUUCUUUCUGCAUUCAUGGCUAUCUCAAGUCUUGGAAAUAUUGUGGUUAUGACAUUUACAGCAGCAAGAGUGAAACAAGAAAUUGCGAAAGAGGGAAUCCUUCCCAACGCGAAAUUCUUCGCCCAGACAAAGAACCUUUCCUUUGGACGCUUUUUAUCCUGGAUCGAAAAUGGCAAUCACGCGUUCGUCACCAGGAAUUUCAACUGGCUGCUAAAACAGCCGUGGAUGGCUCCUAAAGAGCACUCUCAAGAAACUCCUUUUGGAGCGCUCUUCCUUCACUGGGUCUUCACCGUCAUCAUGAUCCUUGCAACAAUCCACCUGGACCCGACAACUGCCUAUGGAACCCUCGUCAACCUCUACUCCUACACAAUCAUUGCGAUAUUCGGGUGUGCCAUCGCCAUCGGAAUGUUGAAGCUGCGAUUCAGCAGCCGCGAAGGUUGGAGAAGGAAGUCCAAUUUCAAUCCGUAUCUCAGCAUCAUCAGCGCAAUCACAUUUGCAGUCGGCAGUGCAUACCCAAUCAUUGCUUCUUGGGUUCCCCCAAGCGGCAGCUAUGCAAAAAACAAGUUUGUCAUCCCUUGGUUCACGACGCCGACUGUUGCGUGGAGUAUACUCGGCUUUGGUCUGCUUUGGUAUGUUGGCUUCAAUUUGUAUGCUAUGCGAAGGACUCGGAAUGAGGGAGUGGUCUUUCAGGUCGAGAAAGAAGUUAUUAUUGAGAAUGAUCCUGAGCCAGAUGGACCGCCGGUGCAGACUCAUGAGACGGUAUAUCAGGCAUGGGUUGAUAAAGAAUAUACACCAGAUGGUCAACACCCGGGACAGAUGGAGGAGCGUCGAAGGUCACGAGAGAGCUUUUAAUUUUGUCUCUCAUCUACCCCCACUAUUUGAACCAGAGCGAUCAACGGCCAACACGAAUUUCCUCAGUCUGCCUUAAUUUAAACCUAAUUCAAAGCUAAAUUGACCCUGCC